AUGCCAUCGUUAGAUAUUGAAAUGGAACCUAUGAUAAUUACCGAAGGUGGUAAUGAAAAAACCCCAUUAUUACCCAUUGUAAAAACCUAUGUUAUUACAACCCCCAAAUCCUCUAAAAAACCAGCCAUUUCCAAAUUAACACCUUAUCUUCCCGAAAAAACUUUACCAUACAUAAAUAGUUUAAGUAAUUCGAUAAAUCAAAUUCGAAACAAAUUACCCCCCUUAUCCGCUAUACCUAUUCGUACCAUUCGUGGUAGAUGUUCAAGGAAAAGGCUAUUAGUUUUUAGCAUUUUAUUACAAUUAUUUUUUUUGUACAGAUACGUUAAUGGAGGACCAUUCCUUCCAUUAUCGUGCCAAUUGAUUAACAUUGGAUGUCCAUCGACUGUCAUCAAUGGAUUUACGACCAAGGAAUUUUCAAAUGUUCAACAAAUAUUCUUGAAAAACUUUGAAAGUGGACAAGAUAUUGGGGCACAAGUUAGCGUUUAUUAUAAUAAUGAAUUGGUCGUUGAUUUAUCUGGUGGAAUCGCUGAUACUUCCUCAGGAAAACUUUAUGAUGAAAAAACAUUGCAAUUAGUAUUUUCUAGUACAAAAGUACUUAGUGGUAUCGUUAUAGCAAGAUUGGUCGAACAAGGUUUAUUAGAUUAUGAUACACCAAUCGCCGAAUAUUGGCCCGAAUUCGCUCAAGGUGGAAAAGAGGACGUUACCCUUUUGGAUUUAAUGGUACAUAGAGCCGGUGUAGGUUUUAUCGACUCUUUUGAUAUUUCAAUUAAAGAUUUAUAUAAUCUUGAUGAUUUCUCGGAAAUGCUCGCAAAACAACCUCAUAAUUUCGAUGGUAAACCAAUAAGAGCGUAUCAUGGUAUAACUCGUGGUUGGUACUUGAAUGAAAUCGUAAGGAGAGUUGAUCCACGCCAUCGUACUAUCGGUAGGAUCGUGGCCGAAGAAAUCGCUCCACAAUAUAAUAUCGAAUUUUAUUUAAACACGAAUAAGGCUCGUAAAGAUCGUUUAGCAAGUAUUUAUGCUUACCCUUUGGUAAGAAUGUUGUCUAAAUUGAUUUUACCUGAAUGGAUGAUUAGCGAACCAUUACAUCCAAUUUUCCCUCAAAUGAUGGAUAAGAAUUCCGUUGCCUUUAAAUCUUUGGUAUUAACUUCUCCCGAUCGUGCUCAACCACAAGAUUGGAAUAAGUUGGAAAUGUUAAUUCCAGAAGGUCCUUCUUAUAAUGGUGUAACCAAUUCUCGCUCCAUGGCCAAACUCGCUGCCAUUAUGGCUAAUAAGGGAGAAAGUUUUCCAACCGACAAACUUCCUCUUGAUGUACAACAAAAUUCUCAAUUAAGGGAACCUCAAUUACUUUCAAAUACUACCUAUGAUUUAAUUGCUACCCGUCUUAACCCUGUAUUCGAUCAAGUAUUACAAGAGACCAUCACUCCAUCUGUCGGUGGUUUUGGUUAUUUCCGUCUUAAAGGUUUAGAAGAUGUUGAAUUCUUAGGUUGGGGUGGUUCCGGUGGUAGUAUGUUCUUAUGGAAUCAAGAAUUAAAAAUUGGUUUCUCUUAUGUUAUGAAUGCUUUUCACACCGCUCUUCUCGGUGAUGAUAGAAGUCUUGAAUUAUUAAGAGAGUUUGCUGAUAGGAAUGAUAAUCCUGAUAUUGGUGUCCCGGUACAUCAAUUCUCUAAAAUGUCAAUCAACGAAGUUCCGGCAUCUUUUCGUGAUGCAAAAAAUGAAAUUGAAAACAUCGAAGAUUUUCAAGAUAUAAAACAAAUCGUUGAAGAUAAAAUGUUGGUUCAAGAAGACGCAGUGCAGGAUAUAAUUGAUAAUGAUUAUAAUGAUGAUGGGAACAAAGAUGAAUCCAUUAAAGAGUAUGUUGUCGAAAAGGUGCUUAAUCAUAGGUUUAAUGGCAAGGGAAAACUACAAUAUCUAUUGAAAUGGGAAGGCUGGUCAUCAGAAUAUAACACGUGGGAAGACCAAGAAAAUGUAUUCGCUGAUAAGUUGAUUAGCCAAUAUUGGGAAGGAAAAGCGUCAAUAAGGAACACGUCUUUAUUUAGGAAAGAAAAAUUUGGUUCAUCCUUGAAGAGAAUAGAAAGCGAGAAUGAUAGUGAGGAUGAAUUCAUACAAUCAAAUGGUUUCAGUGAUAAUAAAAAAAGUCCAACGUCGGAUUCUUCGGAUAAUAGUAAUUCUCCAAAGUUGAUCCGUCACCGCAAUUAUGGAAUGAUAAAUCGAGUUAAUAAUGAUCAGGAAUCUUCUGAUCGUUCCAUUACUGUUGUAAGUUCAAAGGUUUCUCAUCAUGAUAGAAAAGAACGAAAUGCAUGGGAUAAUGAAAAACAAUGGGAAACCAAAACAACCUUACAAUCAACUGCAAGAACAUGUAUACCAACUGCUACACAAUCGAUUGCUCAUUCUCAAACUCAACAAUUAUAUCCACCGCCUAUAUUCUUGCAAAGAAUUGAACCGUCUUGGAUGAAAAAGUUAUUCGAUCCCGAGAUUCGUGAACCUAAAGAAAGCUUUGAUUGGGAUAAGGAUUCGGUUAACGUAGAAUUCCUUGAACUCGACGAUCAGGGAAAAAUAGUUGGAUACCUCAAUUGGAAAUCGGGAAGUAGAUCCAGACACCUUCUCGAAGAACUUCACAAUAAAUGUCCUCGAAAGAUGCUCGAGUUUUAUAAAGAAAAUAUUCGCUUUGAACUGCAAGAUGAAAAUAAGAAUUAUAAUGCUCUUCAAAGAUUCAAUUCCGCACGACGUAUUAAAACACAAUUGCCACCGGUAAACGAUUUGAAAAGUUCAAUCAAAAAUAUUGAGGAAAAAUUAGGAGAUAUAUAUGAAUUAUCAGCACGUUUCAAAAUAUCCAAGAUACAAGAAACUCACUAUGCUUCAAAAUUUGAAGUUUUUGACCUUAACGGAUUAGUUAGACUUGCGUUACUACGAAAGCAAUUUCCAUCUGAAAAUGCAUAUUAUGAUUCUCAAAAUAAAGGUAUGCGAAAAAAGCUUGGAGAAUCAAUAGAAUACAUCCGCCAAUUAUCAAAUGAUAAGAAUUAUAACAAAAACCUUCACGAACUUACAGAAAAAGCAGAUUUGGCACUUAAACAAUGGACUAAUUAUGAAGGUACUGCUAAAUCAAACGAAAAAUGCCUAUAUCUAGCAAAUACGUCUGAGUUGAGCAUUAUGCUUAUGACGGCAUAUGCUCUUUUUAAUUGUUGUCUAGAUAUUGAUUUGCAUGGAAGAAUCUCAGGUUCCAAUAUUGCAAAUAUAACAGUUGAACUAGGAGAAAUUAAAUCUUCAAAUGUCUCUAAGGUAAUAAAAAAAGGCUAUCGUCAACUCUUAUUGAGGUUGGCUGUGAUCAGCUAUGUGAUUGAAGUAUGUUCUGAUGAAAAAGAAAUGCUCAAAUUUAAUUUGUUCGGAAAGGUAUAUGUGCCAAAAAUAGACUCUAACUUAAAAAUCCCAUCUGAAAUAUGGAAUGAGAGCAUUAAUUUCUCCAGUUCUGCUAAUUAUCAUAUAGAUGUUAUCACCAUAGGAGAGAAAUAA